AUGGCCUCCACGUCCGUCCCCACUCAGAACGAUGUUCUCGUUCCUGAGACCCUCCUGAAGAAGCGCAAGUCGCAGGAGAAGGCCCGCGCUGAGCGUUCUGCUGAGCAGGAGAAGCAGAAGAAGGCCAACAAGGAGAAGCGCGGUGUUAUCUUCAAGCGUGCUGAGAAGUACGUCAAGGAGUACCGCGACGCUGAGCGCGAGAAGGUCCGCCUCUCUCGCGCUGCCAAGCAGGAUGGCUCGUUCUAUAUCCCUGCUGAGGCCAAGCUCAUUUUCGUCAUCCGCAUUAAGGGUAUCAACAAGAUCCCCCCCAAGCCGCGCAAGAUCCUCCAGCUCCUCCGUCUUCUCCAGAUCAACAACGGUGUGUUCGUUCGCGUCACCAAGGCGACCUCUGAGAUGAUCAAGGUUGUCGAGCCGUGGGUUGCCUACGGUUACCCCAACCUGAAGAGCGUCAAGGAGCUCGUCUACAAGCGCGGCUAUGGCAAGGUCAACGGCCAGCGCAUCCCCCUCACGGACAACGCAAUCAUCGAGGAGAACCUCGGCAAGUACGGCAUCAUCUGCGUGGAGGACCUGAUCCACGAGAUCAUCACCGUUGGGCCCAACUUCAAGCAGGCUUCCAACUUCCUCUGGCCUUUCAAGCUCAGCAACCCCAACGGCGGCUUCCGCACCCGCAAGUUCAAGCACUUCAUUGAGGGUGGUGAUCUGGGCAACCGUGAGGAGCACAUCAACGCCCUCAUCCGCCAGAUGAACUAA